GUUAUAUUUAUGUUUUAUUUAUUUAUUAAAUAAUCUAUUAUUAUUAUAUCAGUUUCUUUCAUAGAUAAGAAAAUUCCAAGUUAUAUUAUCAAACACAAACAUUUCAAAUGAAUGUAGCAAAGAAAAUGGCAGCCAAAUUCAAAUUAGCUUUGAUUCAACUGCAUGUCACAGCAGAUAAAAAGAGUAAUGUGGAAAGAGCUUUGAAACUUAUUGAAACUGCUAAGUGCAAUGGUGCAAAAUUAGUCGCUUUACCAGAAUGUUUUAAUUCUCCUUAUGGCACAGAACAUUUUGCGGCCUAUGCCGAGGAAGUACCCUGCGGUGAGACUUGCAAAGCCCUGAGCAAUGCUGCUAAAGAAAACGAAAUCUACGUAGUCGGAGGAACCAUUCCAGAAAGACAUCUCGACGGAAAAUUGUACAACACCUGCACGGUCUGGUGUCCCCAGGGAAACCUGAUCGCCACUCACAGAAAAGUGCAUCUCUUCGACAUCCACCUCCCAGGCAAAAUAGCCUUCAAAGAAUCCUCAGUGCUGGCACCAGGAGAGUGUUUGACCACUUUCGAAGUCGACAAAGUGAAAAUCGGUGUCGGAAUCUGUUUCGAUGUCAGAUUCAGUGAAAUGGCUCAAGUGUAUAGGAACCAGGGUUGCAAGAUGCUUAUUUAUCCCGGUGCCUUCAAUAUGCGAACGGGGCCCCUUCAUUGGGAGCUUUUGCACAGGGCCAGAUCGGUCGAUUGCCAAUCCUUUGUGGCUGCUAUAUCACCUGCGAGGGAUGCUUCUGCAGGAUAUGUAGCUUAUGGACAUUCAUUUUUAAUUGACCCUUGGGGUAAAAUUUUGACUGAAGCUCAGGAUAAAGAGGAGAUACUUUAUGGAGAAUUCGAUGAAAAGGCGGUUGAUGACUUCCGCGAACAAAUUCCUGUGUACAAGCAAAGACGUACUGAUGUCUAUGAAACCAUUUCCAAAAGACCUGUUGCAGAAUGAAAUAUUAACUCAACG